AAGAGUAUUUAUUUAUCCAUGCUUUUCCCUCUCAUCUCUCUCUCUCUCUCGCAGCAUAACAGGCAAAUAUAAACAUGAGAGAAAAGCACAACAAAUCUCAUUAUUCCCUACCUCUUCUUCUUCUUUUCGCCUGAUAAUCAUAUUCCCACCAUUUCCAACACUUGUACUUUUUCCAUGGAACACCUCCAGUUGCACUCCCGUUUUAGCUCGGACCACAGACUGCUGAUGCUUUUCUUCUUUCUGCGGAGCAGAGUAGCCCAAUCAAGACAGAUAACUCUGUGAACUGUGAUGACAAAAGGUGAUUGGAUAUGGAGAGAAUCCCUGAAACUCAGUCACUUUCUAGGCAACUAUUACUUGCUCAUAACUUCUUGCAGGAGGCUGAAGAGCUCAUGUCGUUUACAGCCAGCGAUGAUUCCUCUGAUGAGGAAGCCGGCCCCACUUCAUUUCGUGGGGCUAGCCACCCCGCUGAGCCAGUUGAUACUGACAUAAUGAGGCCAGUCUAUGUACCAAUUGGACAAAAUAAUGUGGAUGGGAGAUAUUUGAUUACGAGCCCUUUUCUUAAGGAUCUUUCGAUCAGGGUACCAAGUAUCGAACCGAGCCCAUCAAUACUUUCACCUGCUGGAAGCUAGGCUGAAGAGCUCGAUGAUUUAGCUUCUGUAUCAGAGGGAAAAGAGUGUAUGUGGGAUGGGAUGAUGAGUGAUGACAGAAACUAUGAUAGCAUAAAAGGAAGCACUCGAGGGGGCUCUCUUGAGAGUACCAAAACUAGCCUGAGCCGAGCAAGUGAUAGCAGUGGCCUUAGUGAUGAUAGUAACUGGAGUUACACUAGUGGCAGCGCAAAUAAGCCUCACAAGGGAAAUGAUCCCAGAUGGAAGGCUAUACUCUCUGUUCGAGCGAGGGAUGGCGUUUUAGGCAUGGGCCAGUUCAGGUUGCUGAAAAGGCUUGGCUGCGGGGAUAUUGGAAGUGUAUAUCUCUCUAAGCUCAUCGCAACCCGAUGCCUCUUUGCAUUGAAAGUGAUGGACAAGGCGUCCCUUGCUAGCAGGAAGAAGUUGAACCGGGCACAUACAGAACGGGAAAUCUUGCAGCUGCUCGACCAUCCUUUCUUGCCAACACUGUACACUCAUUUUGAGACUGACAGAUUUUCAUGCUUAGUCAUGGAAUAUUGUCCCGGGGGAGAUCUGUAUACCCUGAGGCAACGACAGCCGGGAAACUUUUUCUCCGAGUAUGCUGCUAGGCCUUCAUUGAGUCCUCUCCCUUCCUACAUUCUUGCCAACACUGACUCUCCAGCUUGGAUGUAUGAUUUUUCUGAGAUGUGUGACAUGAUGGUGUUUCAUCUACUUAAUGGAUCAGAACCUCACAAAACUCAUUCUAACCUUAUUCAACAUUGCCAUAUUUUUCCUCCUAAUUUAAGGUUUUAUGCAGCUGAAGUUCUUUUGGCGCUUGAAUACCUCCACAUGCUAGGCGUCGUAUACAGAGACCUGAAACCGGAAAAUGUUCUGGUCCGCGAAGAUGGCCACAUCAUGCUAUCAGACUUUGACCUUUCCCUUAGAUGUGUAGUUUCACCCUCUCUAAUAACCACCUCUGCUUUACACUCUCAUCCUUCCAAACAAAGGGCCGGAUUCUGCGCGCAGCCAGCUUGCAUCGAGCCAUCAUCAGCAUGCAUCCAACCCUCAUGCUUUCUUCCUCGAAUCUUCCAUCAAAAGAGCAAGAAAGUAGACCCUGGGAUGAAGCCAUCCGGUGCUUUUCCUGAGCUAGUUGCAGCUCGGUCAAUGUCCUUUGUAGGGACACACGAAUACUUGGCCCCGGAAAUGAUCAAGGGCGAAGGCCAUGGCAGUGCAGUGGACUGGUGGACAUUUGGUGUAUUCUUGCAUGAGCUGCUCUAUGGCAAAACACCAUUCAAAGGUUCAGGGAAUCGUGCAACGCUCUUUAACGUUGUCGGACAAAACACCAUCCGUGGCCUGCUCGUGAAGGAGCCACAGAACCGGCUUGGGGUGAAAAGAGGAGCAACUGAGAUCAAGCAGCACCCUUUCUUUGAAGGUGUGAAUUGGGCUCUGAUAAGGUGCAGCAUGCCUCCAGAGGUGCCUAGGCCGGUCGAGGUUGGACCCCCCUCGAAGCACACAUUCGUCGGUGCCGGCCUCGGUGGUGACAAAAGAGUGGGGACAGGCAUGAAAUCUGAGGGUAAAUACCUGGAUUUCGAGUUCUUUUAGAUGGCAUGUCACAUGAGUAUUUUAUUUGCAUUGAUUCUAAUUGCA